AUGCUCGAGCGUGCUGUUCGGUGUAUCGAGAAUGCUAGCCAGCAUGUCUAUCUCGGUUCCAAGCGCACCUUUCGGUCACGGCAUAUAUUGCACCCCAAAUUCUGGCACUGCAACACCGACGACUCCGCUCUAUCCCUUCUAUAUUUCUACGCCGUCCAGUCAAGGUCAGGGAAGAGGUCGCCGGCGCAGCAUAAUAACAACGAUGACGGCCCCUUGGACUCGGCACUCCCGCCAACACCACUCGAGUUCCUGUACCCCCCGAAAACCCGGCUGUUCGCCCGCACCUAUACCUCCGAAACCAAGAGAAAUCUCGGCCAUGGAGGCAGGAGAAGGCGAAAUAUAUACAGAACAUACUCUUCCUCGGCCAGCAAUUGCGUUACCGAAGAAGCAUUAGACACUAGAAAUUCUUUUUCACAUGAUGUUGGAUCAGAUGAGAGUCCGGAAGUCCUUCGAAAAUUUCUUACGGAUAAAGGUCCUCGAGAUUACGGUGCUGCUUGGUGGCUUUAUAGAUCGAGUGGUUCUCCUAAGGGGUUCGAAUCGGAUCUUUUAUCAUAUCUUUCGACGUCUCAGGAUCCUCGAGAUUUCCAGCGUUGUCAACUACUUUUUGAAAGUAUACAUCCAAGGAAUCGCAGUGAGCGUGAUUGUUUAAGCACAGUCAAGAUUGCUUUGAAUACCAAAAGCCGAGCAUAUACGAAUUUUGCCUUGGAGCUGUGUGGGGAAGCGUCUGCAAGAGGCCAGACGCAAUGUUGGCAAUAUGCAUUUAUGGAGUUUGUGAAUCGCAUGGACUGGGACAAUGCUCUUUGUCUUUGGAGACUUCAGCCUCAUCCUUUACCUGAUAAGCUGCAUUCCAUGGACCGCCAAUCAAAACUGUCGGCAGAUCCGUUACUUGCCCUCUUGGAAGUUGCCCAACAACGAAAUACGAAAGAUACAAUGGAGAUGGCCCGCUACGUGGUUCAGCUUGCCACCUCUCACGAUAAAGUGAUGAUGUCGAUGUCAAUGAAUGAGCUAAUGAAGAUUUUUGAAACCUCCAUUAAACUUGAUCUGUUUGGCCAUAAAGAUUAUAUUAAGGCUAUCAAUGCUCUACAGUCCUCAAAGAUCCGGUCCGCAAAUGGCCGUUCAAUAAUGCUAUAUCGCAACUUUCGCUGGCGCAUCCCUGAAAUUACUCCCCCAAAAUCAUUGAUUAUGGGACUGUUGCAGAUGCUUUGUGAGAUUGAGGUCUUGGAAGGCGUUGACUACCUCCUAGGCGAAUAUCGCGUACAUUAUGGCAAACCACCACUGCUGGCUUACCAUCAUGCGUUAACUGUAUCAGCAAGACUUGGCGAAACAUCGACAACCCUCCAGUUUUACAAUGACUACACAACGGACCACGGACGUGCAGAUUCUACGGAAAUUCUAACGCCUCUCUUGUAUGUUCACGCCAGAACUGGUGACGUGAAGGAAACGCAAAAAUGGUUCAAUCGUGUUUCCGAACUUGGUGUUAAACCACAAGUUCAGUACUGGAACAUUCUGCUUACCGCGUAUUCGAAAAAUAAGGAUCUAGAAGGGGCACUUCGUACAUUCCAACAAAUGCUUCGGAGCGGUAUGACGCCUGACGCCGUUAGCUUCACCAUCCUUAUGGGUCUGUCAGCUGGACGUGGUGAUACUAAGGCCGUUUUGGAUCUAUUUGACAUGGCUAAACGGAAUGGAGUCCGUCUUCAGCGCUCCAUGUUCGAUACCAUGGUUGAAGUACUGUGCAAGCAUCGAAGGUUCCGGGAAGCUGAGAGGGUGGCUGAAGAGGCUACAUCAAUUUUCCCUGUCAAUACUAUGACCAGAACCUGGAACAUUCUCCUGUGGAAUUACGCAUACACCAUUGAUAUCUCUGCUGUUUUAAGAAUACAGAACCGGAUGCAGGAUGCAGGGAUUCAAUUUGAUGGCAUGACAUAUGCUGCAAUGAUGUCGAGCCUUGUUCGCGUUGGCAAAACCAACUCUGCACGCAAAAUCUUACGAGUUUUGCACAGAAACCACGAGAUUCAUCUAACGCUUUUCCAUUACGCCAUUCUUCUCCACGGCUAUGUACAGGAAACAAACCGUGAUAUGGUCCAAGUAUUGUACACUGAGAUGAUGGAACGUUUUAAUAAAGCUGGCUUGAGUGGGACUUUGGCUAUGCUUCAAUCCCAGAUCGACCGUGAUAUCCGGCGGGCUCGAGAAACAAUGGGGAGCGCAUCUAGCGGAAAAUUUGCUCUUCCACAUGCAGAAAAGCUUCUCAAGUCCGCUAUGGCUCAGCUCGAUACCCAAGACUUUAGUACCAAACAGCCUCAGCCUGGUGCGCAGGGUCGAUCAUUGCGUGAGGCAUUCCCUGCUGCAUUCUAUGAACAACUUAUCAGAGCAUAUGGACGUAAUAAUAGGGACGAAAAGGUUGGGGAAUUAUUCUUGGAAUUUUCAAAGGAAUCAAGGUCUACCCUUCCGGACCGCUUGCCACAUUCCCCCAUGAUCCUCCAUUCUCUGAUGGUAAACUUCCUCGCAAAGAAUCGGCAUUUUGAAGUCAAGAAAUGUUUCGAGGCUGCCCUCACCCACACUCUCCAGCGUUCGCGUGGAAUCAACGUUCAAGCAGCCUUGUCACGUCCAACCGGCCCUCUUGCAGCACUCAAGGCUAACAAGAAAGGUCCAGCUGAAGUUUCGUUUUAUAACAACACUCCAAAAGUUCUUCCAUCUCACCGCUUUGAUCUUUCUCACUGCAUUUCGACAUUCAUGCGUUCUCUAUCAUCACAAAAUCUCCACUUGAAAAUCGCGGAUCUUGUGACACAAAUUGAAAAACUUGGGUUUGCACUCAGCACACAUAAUUGGUCUCUAUAUGUUAACAUUCUCUGUCUUUCCCGUGACCCUGCUUCUCAGAUGCGGGCGUUUACCAUUUUUGAGGAGAAAUUUAUGCCCAACUAUCCAGGUUGGAGAUAUAUAAAACGUGGAUACACCCUUAGACCGGACGGUGCACAUAUGGAAAUGGAUCUCAUGGAAGGACCUUUUCGCCGGGGAAAGCCUGGUCGUAUGAUUGGGCGAAAAGUCCGUGCUCUGUGGGCAAAGGUUCAACCGGAUUACAUGCAGCCUACCCAUCUCAAUAUUCUUCACCUUGCUUCUGCCCUGAUUGAUUUCCGAUCCCGAUCAAUUGUUGAUGGAGGGAAAGAGAUGAACCAGCUUUUCUCCAGGGCACCCAAAACAUACACCGCUGUUGCGACAAUUCCAUAUCUGGAAGAGAAAUUCCAAAAUAUUCUUCGCCGCUAUAAGGCUGAUCAGGCAGAUGUGGAGCGACUUCCAAGAGUCGAAAUUUCCAACGAUGAUGUAUGGACCGGGGGUGUUUUGGGAGAAGGCAGUGAACGGAUAAACACCAGUGAGGCGGAAUCUGCUUUUGAAGAAGAAGACGUAAGAGGUGAUGAAGACUGCCCUGGCUCUGAAUGGGCACCUGAAGUUCAUGAGCAGCCAGAGAGUUUCGAGUCUACCGAGCCAGCCUCACCGUUGCUGGAUUCCCUAUUAGCCGAAGACAUGUCCCGCCGGCAGAGGAUGGGACGACCAGAGCAAUCAAACGCUGUCCCCUUGGCUGAACGGAUAUUAAGUGCUGAAGAUCAGUGGGAUUUGGAUAACGAUAAAUAUCGCUCUAUGUCCGAAGAAACAGAAAAGAAGUAG